AUAUAAAUACCAGGGUUGGGGAGGUAAGGUACCAAGCAAGAAGGAACUGCCAUCAGCGCAUCGGCUAGUCGAUACCAAGGAGGAAAGGUCUGCCAGUAGAACCUUUAUUGUGUUUCUCCACCUCGCAUCGAUGGGCCGAAGUGCAAUUGCAAAAUCGGCUGGUCUGCUCCGGGAAAUCAAGAACAAACAAAGCUCUAACCUUAUGAGCCGGGUGCAGCCUUCAGAAGCAAGGUCAGCGGAGACAGCAUUGUGGGUGCCACACCCAAGAACAGGGAUCUACUAUCCCAAGGGCUUUGAGUGGGUCAUGGAGGAUGUCCCCAGCAGCGCGGCUUCAUUCAGGCAGCUGUACUGGCUCAGGAGCGGCGACGCAGAGACGGCGAGCUCUCCCACAUCAAAUGAUGCUGCUGCCUUUGAUCACCCAUUUGUGUAGAAGCAUGAGAGGCUUUCCACUGGAAGAAUCACUUACAGAUGCAGUUGUGGAAGUUCUGACCAUUUUGAAAGGUGCAUGCAUCCUAUGAAACACUUAACAGUUGUUCUGAUUCCCAGUGUGUAGGUGUGGCAUCCACCGACAGAUCAAGAAUAAAGUUUGCCCUCCUUUUCUCCUU